AUGCCUUCCAUGGAGGAGCCCAAGCAGAAUGAAGCCCGCUUGCUUCUGGUCUCAAACCGCCUGCCGAUCACAAUCAAGCGGUCUGAUGAUGGAAAAUAUGACUUUUCAAUGUCCUCGGGAGGUCUGGUCAGUGGCCUGAGCGGUCUCUCUAAAUCAACCACCUUCCAGUGGUACGGCUGGCCCGGUCUGGAGGUGCCCGAACCAGAGAUUCCCGUCGUCAAGCAGCGCCUGAAGGAAGAAUAUGGCGCUGUGCCAGUCUUCAUCGACGAUGACCUGGCAGAUCGGCACUACAACGGUUUCUCUAACUCCAUCCUUUGGCCUUUGUUCCAUUACCACCCCGGCGAAAUCACCUUCGAUGAGUCCGCUUGGGAAGCGUACAAGGAGGCCAACCGUCUCUUCGCACAGGCAAUUGCGAAGGAAGUGCAGGAUGGUGAUUUGAUUUGGGUCCACGACUACCAUCUGAUGCUACUCCCUGAGAUGUUGCGUGAGGAGAUCGGUGACAGCAAGAAGAACGUCAAGAUCGGCUUCUUCUUACAUACACCGUUCCCUAGCAGCGAGAUCUAUCGGAUUCUACCUGUGCGGAAUGAAUUGCUUUUGGGUGUGCUGCAUUGCGAUCUCAUUGGCUUCCACACCUAUGAUUAUACCCGUCAUUUCCUGAGCAGUUGCUCACGUCUACUGGGUCUCGCAACUACGCCAAACGGCAUUGAGUUCCAGGGCAAGAUUAUCACAUGUGGAGCUUUCCCCAUUGGUAUUGACCCUGAGAAGUUCAAGGAAGGGUUGAAGAAGGAGAAGGUCCAGAAGCGCAUUGCAAUGCUGGAGCAGAAAUUCCAAGGUGUGAAGCUGAUGGUCGGCGUCGACCGUCUUGAUUACAUCAAGGGCGUGCCCCAGAAGUUGCAUGCGCUCGAAGUAUUCCUAAGUGACCAUCCAGAAUGGGUUGGAAAGGUCGUUCUUGUGCAGGUUGCUGUUCCUAGUCGGCAGGAUGUCGAGGAGUACCAGAAUUUGAGGGCUGUGGUCAACGAACUGGUUGGUCGCAUCAAUGGCAAGUUUGGUACCGUUGAAUUCCAGCCUAUUCACUUCUUGCACAAGUCCGUCAAUUUCGACGAACUUAUUGCCCUCUAUGCUGUGUCAGAUGCCUGUAUUGUCUCAUCUACCCGCGACGGCAUGAAUUUGGUGGCGUAUGAGUACAUCGCUACCCAACAGAAGCGCCACGGAGUGCUGGUACUUUCUGAAUUCGCUGGAGCAGCCCAGAGUCUGAACGGCAGCAUUAUUGUGAACCCCUGGAACACCGAGGAACUGGCAGGCGCCUAUCAAGAGGCCGUGACCAUGAGCGACGAACAGCGGGCUCUCAAUUUCGCCAAGCUGGACCGAUACGUGUCCAAGUACACCAGCGCAUUCUGGGGCCAAUCCUUUGUCACCGAACUCACCCGGAUAUCAGCACACUCAGCCGACAAAUUCCAAUCCAAGAAACUGGCUACAAUGGCUUCCAACGAAACUGAUGCCCCGAUCACGACAUCAGCCGCGUAA